CGCAACAUCACACCCAACACAGAAAACAGAAAAGCGUGAACUUCAAUGAAAUCAAUGCUAAUAAACUAAGUGAAAUUAUGAAAUAGCUGAUCGAUAUUGAGCUCUUCGUAAUCAUCAAUCAACCUACGAUCGUUUGCAGUAUGGGGAGCUCCAACACCUACGAUCGUUUGCAAGAACUGAAGGCCUUCGACGAAUCUAAAUCCGGUGUUAAAGGCGUGGUUGAAUCAGGGAUCACGAAGAUCCCUCGAAUUUUCAUACGGCCGCCGGAGGAGAUUGCCGGCGACGAAGGUCUCGGGAGUGAAAGAGGUCAGACCCAGUUCGAGAUUCCGGUGAUAGACCUCAAAGACAUAGUCGCCACCGGAGGGGAUCAUGCUGAUGAUGAUGUCGUUGGCAAAGUCAGGUGUGCUGCCGAGACAGUGGGGUUUUUCCAGGUGGUGAAUCACGGGAUACCCAUGAAGUUGCUGCAGGAGAUGCUGGCGGCGGCGCGUGUGUUCCACGAGCUGCCAAAAGAGGUGAAGAUGGAGUACUACACUAGGGAAGAGAAGAGGAGGGUGAAAUUCAGCAGCAACUUCGAUUUGUAUCAGUCCAAGUAUGCUAAUUGGAGGGACACUUUGUUUUGUGUGAUGGCUCCUGAACCUCUUGAUCCUCAAGAAUUGCCUUUGGUCUGUAGGGAUGUGACAAUGGAGUACUCAAAGCAAAUUGCGGCACUGGGGAACGUUUUGUUUGAGUUAUUAUCAGAGUCACUUGGACUAAAGGCAGACUAUCUUAAGAGCAUGGAUUGUGCAAAAGGGCAUUGUCUUCUGAGCCAUUAUUAUCCGCCAUGUCCUCAGCCUGAGCUCACCAUGGGCACCACCAAACACUCAGAUCCUGACUUCCUCACCAUCCUCCUUCAAGACCAUAUUGGUGGACUUCAAGUUUUGUGCCACAAUCAAUGGAUUGAUGUUCCUCCUCUUCCAGGAGCUCUAGUUGUGAAUAUUGGAGAUCUCUUACAGCUUAUGUCGAAUGACAGAUUGAAGAGUGUUGAACAUCGAGUUUUGGCAAAUGUGGAAGGGCCAAGAGUCUCAGUUGCAUGCUUUUUCACUCUUCAUACCCAUCCAACAACAAGGACUUAUGGGCCUAUCAAGGAAUUAUUAUCACCACAUAAGCCUCCUCUCUAUAGCCAUACUUCACUCCAAGACUUCAUUGCUUACUAUGAUAACAAGGGACUUGAUGGCUAUUCUGCUCUCUCUCACUUCAAGUUAUGAUUAAGAGGGUGUUUGGAUUAAUUUGGUAAAAGUGAUUUUACAAUAUAUGAAAUAAGUAUGUGAGAAAAAUUUUAUUUUGAUUUAUGUGAAAACACUUUUUUAAGUGUUUUUGGGAGUCACCAAACACUCCCUUGCUCUUGUCUUCAACUUUAAAGUUACUUGUAUCUUUUUGUAAUUACAGAAUGGAUGUGAUAAAGAAGUGUGAAGAGAUGUACAUGAGAAUCACUUAUCA